UUGUACAUUUCCGAGAAGUCGUAUAUUUGCCAAAAAAAGUUGUGAAUUUAACGACAAAAAAAAUCUUAUUACAAGAAUAAACUCGUAAAUUGACAAGAAUAAAGUCAUAAAUUUCAACGAAAAAAAGUUGUGAAUUUUCUAGAAAAAAGAGAAUAAAUAAAUUUACAAGAAAAAGUCGAACUAUUAUGAUAAUAAAUUCCAAAAUUUACGAGAAAAUAAGUCGUAAUAUUACGACAAUGAAGUUGUAAAUUUACGAGAGGAGUCAUACAUUUUUAGAAUAAAUUCGUCAAUUUUUUUUAGAAUAAAUUCGUGAAUUUACGAGAAUAAAUGUAUGAAUUUAUGAGAAUAGUCAUGCAUUUAUGAGAAUAAAAUCGUAAAUUUACGAGAAUAAAAUUGUAAAUUUAGGAGAAAAAAAGUCGUAGUUUACAAGAAUAAAGUUGUAACUUGAUGAGAAAAAAUGUCAUAUUACGAGAAUAAAGUCGUAUAUUUACCAAAAAAAAGUUGUAAAUUCAGCGACAAAAAUCUUAUUACAAGAAUAAAGUUGUAAAUUGACAAGAAUAAAGUUAUAAAUUUACAUAAAAAAUGUCAUGAAUUUUCUAGAAAAACGUUAUAAAUAAACGUAAUAUUACGAGAGUAACGUAAGUUUAUGAGAAAAGUUUUACAUUUAUGAGAAUGCAUUUGUAAUUUUACAAGGAUAAAGUUGUUUUGCAGGAAUAACGUCAUGUAUUUACAAAAAAGUUGUAAACUUACAGCGUUAUUCUCGUAAUAUUACGUCUUUUUGCCCGUAAAUUUUACAACUGUAUUCUCGUAAAUGUACGACCUUGUUCUCGUAAAUAUAUACGUGAAAAAAGCUGUACAUUUACGAGAAAUAAGUCAUAAUAUAACUGGAGACUCUAAAUGGUCCAUAGGUAUGAGUGUGAGUGUGAAUGGUUGUUUGUCUAUAUGUGCCCUGCCAUUGGCUGGCCACCAGUCCAGGGUGUACCCCACCUGUCGCCCGAAGUCAGCUGGGAUAGGCUCCAGCAUGCCCCCGCGACCCUAAUGAGGAGAAGCGGCAUAGAAAAUGGAUGGAUGGAAGUAAUAAUAUUACAAGAAUAAUGUCCUAAAUUUGAGGAAAAAAAGUAAAUUUAGAAUUGUUUUUUUCUUUACAUUAAAUUUACAACUUCAUUCUCAUAAUAUGACGACUUUUCUCAUAAAUUUAGGACUUUAUUAUUCAGGAUUUUAAUUUAUUUUUACUUUUAUUAAGUCAUCAUAUUACGAGAAUAACGUUGGACAUUUAUGAGAAAAAAGUUGUAAAUUUAUGAGAAUAAAUGUGUUAAUUUACAAGUAUAAAGUCAUAAAUGUAUGAGAAAAAAGUUGUAAUAUUACGAGAAUAAAGUCGUAUAUUUACGACUUUCUUUCUCAUGAAUUUACGACUUUAUUCUCGAAAUCUCUCUUUUUUUUUUUUGCAGUGUGGCCGUAAUACUCUGUCGUAGAAUACAUACCUGAGAUGCACGGUAUGUUUCUUUCCAAACCGAUAACUUUCUAUUUCUCAAGACCGAUAUGGGACCGAUAACCGAUAGCUUUUCAAAAUUCUCAUUUUAUUUUAUUUAUUUAUUUAUUUAUUUACUAAAAUUCUCAUUUUAGUAGCAUAGAGUUGAAAUAUUAAAGAAGAAAGUUUUUUUUUUUAAAGUUGUAAUGUUUUGAGAAACAAAGAUCAAUAAAGUUGUCAUUUUUGGAAAAUGAGGGUGGGGAAAAAGUUCUAAUAUCAGAAUAAAGUCAGAAUAUUGCAAGAAAAAAAAUGAUGAAUGUUUUAAUUUUACGACAAUUUCAGCUUCUUAAAUCUUUGUAAAUGUACUUCUCAGAAUGCUUUAUAUAUUUCUGUAUUUUAAAUAUUUGUAUAUUUAAUAUCUUUAUCCCAUAAUAUUGUAACUUUUUCCCCUGACCAAAAUUUUCCAAAAAUGACAACUUUAUUUUGGUUUGUUUCUCAUAUUACAACCUUAAAAAACCUUUUUUCAGCUUUGUGAUCCUAAAAUGAGAUUGCCUUUCUUUAUAACUCUACAAUCUUAUUCUCCUCAAUUUAAAAUUUUUCUCGUUAGAUUACAUCUUUUUUCUCUUAACAUUUUGACUUUAUUCUGGUAAAAUUACCACUAAUUGGAGAUGGACAAUAUCUUUUUUUUUUUUUUUUUGCAAACCGAUACCGAUAACGUUCUGCUUCUCAAGACCGAUAUGAUACCGAUAACUUUUUUAUAUCUACUUAAUUUACCUUGAAGUGUAUUUGUGCACACCAGGAGGUAAGAAGGACUGGAACAGAUUAGGAUGUGACCAAGUGCACAUGUUGAUUUGUCCUAAUCAAAUAUGACAUCACUACUGUCAGGGGAACCAGAGUAUAGAGGGGAGGGAGCCGCCUGCCGUGGCCCAGCAAAGUGCACAAUAUUCGGACACGCGCUCAGAGCAGCCGGUGUGCCGCCACGGAGGUUUCUGGCAGACCUUUUGCACUUUUCAAACGCCGCGGCGCUGCCGGUUCAGGUGGCUGAUGAGUUUUUUUUCUGCGCUCGAUUGGGUUUUCUUUUUGCAUUUGGUACAAGUAGCACGUGAAAUGUCUUCCGCGGAAAGUGAAUGUUUGUUUACGAGUGAGCUCAGGGGACGUUGCAAUAAACCGCCAACUCACAGACAGCAGGGGAAAAAAGGAGCGCUUGAUUUGGCAAACCGCACAGUACGGGUAAUCUCGCUCAUUGAAGCGUUUUUUGUUUGUUUGUUUAAAAUGAUCGGUUAUCAGAGCUAUUUUUAAUGUAUCGGUAUGACGUCACAAUUCCCGCAUGUCUGCCCGAUAAUUAUCAUGCACCCCUAAAACAUCCAGUCAGUAGAUUAGAAUGCCGACCAAGCAUCGCUUAAUAGGACACAAGCUUACUUAAGCCGCCAUCUGCUGGACACUUUCCGUACUGUACUUUCUGUCAAUACCUGAGGAAAUUUAAUUGUUUUUUCGACUUUAUUGAGCACAGCACCAUAAAAAAAUAUAUAAAUCUAGAGGCUAAAAAUGUCAGUAUAGUAUAGUCAGUAUACUCUAGUAAUUAGUAGAGUGUAGUUGCCUGUGUACAUGCAAGCAAUCUCCGGUCCAUAGUGAACGUCAGCACAGUUCUGUUAAAAUAGUGCAUUUUUACAAAACAAAAACCCUCACAUAGUUCUAAAUCAUUUUUAAAUGGUUUUCUUUUGUUUACGUCAUGCUAUUUAAGCGAGGCUGCGUUCUGCACUUAUUUGGUUGGAGCUUUCUCUUCCGCUAGGGGGCAGUAACGUUCCAUGACGGCCAAUCCUCCUGAUUUCAACGUUGCUUCAUCGUGGCUCCUUUUAAUAAUGAACUGAAGGUUGUAUCAUUCAUGUGUGCGUCUCAGCAUUACUCGUUGAAGUUAAAAAUAUGGAGUUGUGUUGGCUUUUUCUGAGCACUCCUGCAAUGUUUAUGGAUAUCAGUGAUGCAACGGUAGCUGAAGUACAUAAAAUAACUAACUAACCACAUUAAUCUCCGCUUAUUUUGUAUAUUAGCAAGCAGUCGCAGGUUGCUUGUUUAGCGGUGGAGGUCUUUAAUUGUGACUUUUAUCGUUGUCAAAGGGGCGCGGAUGCAUGUCGGCCUCGCAGCUUAGGACAGGACAUGUCCCACUAGGGUGGAGCUCCAUGCUAAUGUUGGGUAAAUGAGGGCAAAGUGUUGUCCAUCAAAUUAGCAUGAACACUGAAGCAGUGAAUAAGUUAUGUGCAAAACACUCCACCGCCAAUUAAGGUGCAGAUUUGAGCAUUUCUCUGCACUUGAAUGACAAAGAGCCAUGACCAUUGCAGCACUGACUUCAUUUUGGGCAACCCCCCCCAAAAAACAAGGCUCUUAUUUGUUGCACUCUCGACUGCAUUUCACUCUUUUUAUGAGUUAACGUGUGAUAAAUGUGUACAAAAAUGUGGCAUUUACCAUUUAGCAGUGACAGCCAUUUGAUACACACGUUUAAUGCUUUAAGAAGUUGUGAAUUUCAAUGAAUUUUGUGUUGUAAAUUUGACAUUUAAAAAGCAAUGAAUGCUCAGUUGUUCCUAAUGAAGUGGCCAACGAGUGUUUGAGUACGAGCUCCCACAUUAACUACCUUUCAACUGUUUUUACAAAGAAAAGUGUGCGUUAAGUGGUUAUUCUUAAUAAUAUUGCAGACAUUUAUUGGAAAAAAUGGGUGUUUUUUUUUUAAGUGGGUGAUUGACAGACUGUGUGACGUCCCGUGCUAAACAGCGCCUACCAGUGGAGAGAAAUGUAAACAAUCGUUUCCUUGGCCACUUUUUUUAUACUAUUUUUGAAGCUGAAAUGCAUGUUUAUUUUCUAUGUGUUAUUAUGUCACUUAUCUACAGCUUAAAGUUAAAAACUUUUAUCAUUUGAGGAGCGAAGGACUCAAUAAAACGGCAUACUUUCACUGACGGUAAUAUGCUAAUAUACAUGCUGCGCUCUGAUUGGCUGCUAGGAGUAUGGCUUGCCCUGAUUGGCUGUUUGUGGCCCCGCGCUGCAGAGACCCAAACAGGACGCGACGUCUCACUCAGCAGCACAUCUGCACUCCGUGGAGCAGCUGGGGGCAGGACAGGGGACACCAUUAGGACCCUUUUCUCUGUAAAUAAACUUCUACAUGUCACUAUUUGUUUGACUUGGAGGCAGGAUCCCGCAGAAGGAGGUGCUCCUGUUUUAAAGUGAUCCACUUUUCCCCGCUCUUGCACGGGAAGGAGAGUACACGUCAUGCCCUGUCUGCGUGACUCAGGCGACUGUUUGAGGGAGAACAUGCACUACAUGAUGCGGUCCCUCCAAGACCUAAAGCAGCUAAGGAAGACCUGUCCUGCAGCCUGCAGACACCCCCGAGCUUCUGUCCCGCCAGCCGCCGCCGUGACCGGCCCGUCUGCGGCUCCUCCUGCCGUGUGUCGACCCAGAGAGCUGCGCUCCCGUCUCAGGAUGUCCAGCGCUAGCACAGCCAGCACCUAUGACUCGGCCUGCUGCCUCGCCACCCGUCUGGAGGAGGACGAGGAGGAUGACGACGGAUCCAGCAGUCGUCUUGGCUUGAACUCACCCAGCAGCCACAAGAGUUUGGACUUGGAUUCCGGCUACUCUGAGGCCUCGUGGCGGGACGAGAGGGUGGUGCUCAGGAGGACGAGGAACGUACGGGUGUCGUCCUCGGCAUGCCUCCGCACCAACAGGGCGCCAAGCGGACGCGUUCGGCCUAAAUCCACCUCGGACGUCUGUCUGGAGAGGUGGACGUCCUUUGACGACCCAGAGGACUGGGCCAACUCGUUGUUGACCAGAGGACGCAACCGCCAACCUCUGGUGCUGGGCGACAACAGCUUUGCCGACUUGGUACAGAACUGGAUGGACCUUCCGGAUUGCCCCGAACCGCCCGAGCUGAAAGCGAAGCCGAGACGCAGACUGGGAAGAAGCCUCUUUGUCAACAUGAGGAGGAAACUAGCCGGCUUGUCGAAGAGCGUGGAGGAGAGGGUGAGGAUGAGGGCCACAGAUCCUCACGUGAGCAGAGACGCUUCAAAACGUCUCUCGUGUCCCGUCGUGGCUUCAGAAACAAAAUCCCCAUUUUUCCACCAGUCCCACUCUGCCAUUCAUGAACUGGACACAGACUUUUACCACUUUGCUGCACUCAUGAAGUCGGGCAGCAGGCAGCCCAUCAUCUGCAAGGACAUCAUUGGCUACAUCUGACACACAAGGCUUCCCAUCAAAUCACGAAGUCCUCCUAUUUAAACUCACGUAGCAGAAGCAAACGUACGCAAGGUUUCAUCCACGCAUUCAUCCAUGGCCAUGUUUGUACCCUCUACUCUGCAAAUGUUUGCUAAUAAAAUCAUAAAACCAAGACAUCAUUCACAUGUGCAAUGUUGUACUUCAUGCAUGAUGAUGUGUGUGGUUCUGGCUUACUUUGCACUGAACAGGAAGUCACUGUUUGCAUGUUUUAAUCUUAUGGUGGCUCACAGUCUAAAAAAAAAACAAUUAAAUGGGUGCAUUUUAUGAGCUGCUGUGGUAGAAUCCAGGUUAAUACCGUCAUGCUCUCUUUUUAUGAAACUUUGCACUGAACAGGAAGUCGAG